GCUCGUGGCUGGAGAACACAAACCAAGAGUUGACUGAACUACUGGAUGACAACCUAGUGAUUUGACAGCCAGUGUCAGGGUUAGUGAAGCCAGAUAAAGACAAGAUAUCCUCCUGGACACUGAGCACCAUGUUCACAGAGGUGCUGGUCGCUCUGGUGAUUGGAGGACUGAUCUUCUUCCUGGUUCAGAGGAGCAGGACCCAGGUUCUUAAGACAGAGGAUGGCUGGUGGGGAGCUGGAGCACCCCCUGAAGGCGGGGAGGACGUCACCAUUCGCCCCUUUAAAGUCUCCACCAGUGAUGAAGAGCUGGAGGACCUGUACAUGAGGAUAGACCAGACUCGCCCUGUUCCUUCACUAGAGGACAGCCAGUUUCAUUAUGGCUUCAACUCCCAGUACCUGCAGAAGGUGGUCUCUUACUGGAGAAAUGACUUUGACUGGAGGAGACAAGUUGACAAACUCAACCAGUACACCCACUUCAAAACCAACAUUGAAGGCAUUGAUGUCCAUUACCUGCAUGUGAAGCCCAAGAACGUGCCGGAGGGAGCUACUGCUAUUCCUCUGAUAAUGGUUCACGGCUGGCCUGGCUCCUUCUAUGAGUUCUACAGAUUAAUCCCUCUGCUAACAGAACCAUCAAACCCACAUGACCUUGUGUUUGAGGUGGUGUGUCCCUCCAUACCAGGGUACGGGUUUUCAGAGGCCCCGCAUAAGAAAGGUUUUGAUUCAGUUUGUGCGGCACACAUCUUCCACAAACUGAUGAAGCGUCUGGGCUUCCAGCAGUUCUACGCUCAUGGAGGAGACUGGGGCUGGCUGGUCACCACCAACAUGGCUCAGCUGGAGCCCAAGACAGUCAAGGGCCUGCACGUGAACUUCGCCCCGCCCUCCAAGCCGGGGCUGACCAUGGUUUUAUCCAUCAUGCUCGGCCGUCGCUUCCCUAAGCUGUUCGGCUUCACUGACAUGGAUAUUCAGCAUCUCUACCCCGCCAUGGAGAGACAGGUGGUGGAGCCCAUCAAGGAGUCUGGCUACAUGCACAUCCAGGCCACCAAGCCUGACACCGUGGGUCGAGGACUGAAUGACUCCCCAGUGGGUCUGGCUGCCUACAUUUUGGAGAAGUUCUCCACGUGGACGAGCCGCGACUUCAGGAACCUGGAGGAUGGAGGACUCACCAGGAAGUUCUCGCUGGAUGACCUGCUGACUAAUGUGAUGAUCUAUUGGACGUCUGGCUGCAUCAUCUCCUCCAUGAGGUUCUACAAGGAAAACUUUGGCAAAGGCCUCAACCAGCCUCACGCUAAGAUACCUGUGUAUGUCCCCACUGGGUUUGCCUGCUUCCCCGAUGAGCUGAUGCACACUCCCCAACUAUGGGUCAAACAGAAAUACCGUAAACUUGUGACCUUCACACCCAUGCCCCGUGGUGGCCAUUUUGCUGCCAUGGAGGAGCCCCAGCUGAUGGCCGAGGACAUCCAGAACUUCACUAAGACAGUGGAGAAGAAGAUUAAAUAGAAGGGGGGGGAGGGGGGGCAGACUUAUGAACAGGUUAAUGACGUAAAAGUGCUGAAUGAAGGUAUUGAUAAGCAGUAAGUAGACUGCUUUGAAAGUUGAACAGUAAAAGAAGCAAAACAGAAAGAGCAAAAAGUGAAUUGAUGGGAUUUGUUGACUUGUGUGUUUUAGUGAGAACAGCUGGGUUGUACAGCAAUCAAAGAAGGUGGUUGUAUGUGAAAAUAAGCAGAGAAAUUGAGCAGUUGUAAAAUACCCAGCUAAUAAUGAAGCUACUUCCUGUAUAGUUCUUUCUCUUUUUAACUCUUAAGCAAUACACGUUUUUUUACAUAAAGGACACAUGUUUAUAGCCUGUCAGCCAGGAGCCAGAAAUCAGUACCAUACAUUGACAGACCUCCUGCUUUCCUCACAACUUCCUCUAGCCUUUAACAGUUUACUACACAGCUGCAGAUGGGAGGUCAGGGGGCGCUUGUUGUUAUUGUGUUGACAGCCUGGACAAGGUGCCAGACAUUCCUCCAACUGAUAACACGAAGCCUCAAACACGAAGCUGUAUUAUCGCCUUAAACCUCUGAGUUGUUUGAUUUUAUUGUAAUUUUUCCUUUCAAAUGUAUUCACAACUCAUGUUAGCAGUUUAAAAUCUUUGUUGAAGUCAGAUGUCUUUAAAGCAGGGGUUCAUACCAAGGCCCCCUGGAUAUAUUUUUGUACUUUAUUGCAUAAUUCAUAAAUACUACUACAACUACUAAUAAUAGUAGCAUGAAACAACAGCAAUAGUAAUAAUAAUGUCACUAAAAUAAAUUGCAGCUGAGCUUCUGUUAGCUUAGCUGGUGGUCUUUUCCUUUUCUAAAAUGUGUGUUGUGAGUUAGCACCAGGUAGCUAGAUGCUAGCAAGCAAGCUAGCCAGCUAAAUGUCAGGAGCAGAGCAGCUUUGCAGCAGGCACGGACAGUUAACAGUCAACAUUGACAGCUUAUGAAGUGAUGAUAGAUGUUUAACUGGCAGCCAAAUACAGUGGAAAGAUGGGUAUGACAAGUAGGAUUUUAAUAUGAUACAAGUUUGCUAUGCAUUAAUUAAACAUUCUCACUGAUUGACCUUGAUAUGCUAGUUUUAAGCACUACAAUUUAUGACUACAGAGACUAGAAGCAGUGGUUUUACAGAGUUGUUGACCAAGAAGCAGUGAAGAAAAUGUGGCUGUGGGACACAUUCGCAACAAGAGAGAGUAUCAUUUCAUAACUCAGACAGCCUACUUUCAACCGGUCAGAUAGGAAUAUUCAGGUGGAUCAUGGUGAUGAUGACAAGGAGGAUGUAAUAGAGGGUAAAGACGGCACACAGACAGAGAGAGGGACAAUGUAGAGACAGAGAGGGUGGACAGCUCAGCCCCUUCGGCCGUGGUGCGACAGACAGGGAGGUAACUCCAGAGAAGCAAAGGACAAAAAAUGUCUUUCCACUUUGUUUCGUAUUGUGAAUAGUUGCUACAAAUAGAAGAAUAAAACGCGUCAGACUCAGGUGAGCAAAGGCCUCAACAAUUCUGAAAAUCAGGAGUUAAACUGUGAUAGGUGCUCUUCGUGUUGAUCUUGAAAAGACUGAAUAAAUCUGUAAUGCUGAGACAAGUUUUUUCUGAAUAAAAUGAUGAAAAAUAUUGAGUUAUAUUUAGAACAAUGAAAAGGUGUUUUCAUGAUAUGGGCAUCAGAAUGUAUAUCACAAUAAAAUGCCAGUCAGAUCAUUUCCUUUUAAAGCUAUGCAGUUUAAAUGAAUUGCAGUGUAUGCUACCAUUCCAGGGUGACCUGUUGUAUCUCAGAUUGUGACAGUGUUCUAUCUUUAACCAAAUAAAAUUGACUCUUGAGUA